GCCUACACAGAUGUUUCGUGUAUUGCAUUUGCUAUAGGCUUUUUUGGACAAGCCACAUUCCUUUCAUCAACUCUAUCAGGAGAACUAGAGGAAGACAUCCCGGGAGGAUUCAUGUAAUACGUUGGUGAAUUUCACUAAAGCUUGUAAUCCGACGUGAUCAUCAUCUGGUUUUUCGUCCUCCUGAUCGACACCGCUUCUAAAGCAUGGCGCUUUUACGAAGGUAUACAUUGCUAGUGUUCCUAACCCCAUCAAUCAUUACAAUGGGACUUAUCAUUUACAUGUACAUUGUGACAAGUCAAGCUGCCGCAAUGGCUGCCUCGGAGGCCUACUUCCCCGUACGAUUGUGCAACAAAUGCUCAGAACAUUUUUUUAAUGAUUUUUACAGCAUUAAACCCAAUGCUGACAUCUGUAGAAAAGCCUACAUGACUGUGGUCGUCAUGACACACCCUGAUGGUGUUGAAAGGAGAAGAAUCCUGCGACUGAUGUUACGCAAUCCGAAACUCCACAGGAGUCGAAAGAUUAACUACGUUUUCGUGACUGGGUCCUCGGUGGCUCGUUUGGAGAACCACCGCCUGAAGAAGGAGAGCGAAGAUCAUGGGGACAUUCUUCAGUUUAGUUUAAUAGACAUCCACCGCAAUGCCGCACUCUUGUCCACUUUGACUUUUAACCAUCUAAUUGAACGCUGUGCCAGCCUAAACGAAAAUGGCAUCGAUUUUGUUUUCAAAGUGGAGGAGGACUCCUACUUCAACUUAGAACUGUUGGGAAGGAAACUGGAUUAUCUUUCUCCUGAUGAAAAAAUUGUUGGUGGUCGAUGCCAAAUAUCCAAGCCAGAGCGUAACAUAAAUGACAUGGCUUUCAUUGGAGACGAUGUUUAUCCACACGAGUAUUUUCCGGUGUCUUGUUCGAAACAUGCGUACGUGCUCAGUUAUAAAGCAUUGGUGGAUAUAAUCAAAAUUGCUCCAAAUAUCCCUUCGGUACUACAUCUCGAAGAAGUUUUUAUUACUGGUUUGUGCAGGGCAGCUGCUGGGAUUAACUUUGUCAACUUGACCGGUUUUUAUUGGCCAAGCGAGCCUAGUGUGUGCCAAAUUGAUACAGCAGUUGUUGCCAUUGAACAUAUCUCCGAAGUCGCUCAACGUGAACUCGUGCAGCGCCUGAUGCUGGGUCGGUUCCCUUCCAUCGGAUGUUUAAUUACCAUCCGAGUAACCUUCUUAAGCGUAGUAGUUAUUAUUGCCCUUAUCUUUGUUGUGAGAACUGCAUGUAAAAAAUGUUGCCGGAAUCUUUGACUAUAGUCUAUUUCACGUGAAAUGUGCACACGGAGUUUCAGUGAUUUCGCCACAGAAAAGGCCACAUUUGAACAAAAUACUAAAUAUAUAUUUCAUCUGUAACGUCAUAGAGUCACAGACUAUAAGGAGACUUAGAAUAGACCUGCUGAAAUACCCGAUAUAAUUAUAAUUUUACUUGGGCAUUCGGACUUUCGGAACACCUACAAUGGUCGUAAGUUUCACAUAAAACUUCCAUCCAGUAGGCUGAGUAAGAUAUUUUUUUUAAACAAUCAUAUGAGUGGGUUGCUUAUUUCGUGGUUUCGCGCUUUCGCUAUCUUAGCAGAGCGAUCAACUGUGCUCUAACACUAUCCGCAGCAGGCCCACUAUAUGUCCAGAUCCGAAUGCAAACAUCAGCUCAGUACAAGCCCACGCAGGAAUAGUCUACCCAGGAGAGCGUGUUUCGGGAGGAACGAUUGAACCAAAUUGCGAUCACUUUGGUGGCUCAAGCGGUGAAAGGAUAAUAUUUUGUUCAACUGGCAUUGAAGCGCGCUUGUAUCUCGACCAGAGGGACAAUAGUCAAAUGAAUACAUGAAUUGAAGAUGUGCAUGUAGACCUAUCGUUUUGUUGGAUUCAAGAGUGCAAGGCCAUGAUGAUAUAUAGUUCUUUUUUCAUCGAAUGCACGCCUGGCUAAUUGCAUGUACCUCGCUUGAAACAUCUCUUCAGCUAAAUAAAACUUCCUAAAAUUU